CCUAUCCACAUAUCAAUCUUGUAUAACAACUGAGGAGCAUUUCUAGAUCGUAGAGGAGGGUUAGCGAUCACCGUCAAUUUUCUCGGACUAGCCUCUUACCAAAUCUCGUUGUUGUCUAACUCUCUUUCAUUCACGUUCGAGCGGCACGGAAGAAUAUGUCAGCUUCUGAACUCGGGCUGGAGCUGUCUGACACUCCGAUCCCAGGGCUGGACAAGGCUCUUGGCGACGGUCUGACGGAGCACCUGAAUGAAGUAAAGUGAGGGACCAGUACCGCGAAGCUAAUUCUCUUCGCCACAUUGCGGUCAGCAGCUGACGUGCAUCUGGGCAUCACCUCGUCGCUGCUGCAGACCUGGUCUGGCAUGGGAACGAAAAGAACUCCACAUUGCGUACUACGCUCCCGAGGGGAGCGACGAUAGCGCCGGGAAGUGGCUUACUGACAGCAACGGCAAGCGUACGGACGAGAAGCGCAAGAUGCUCGCGGGUCUGUCGGGAUAUACGAUCACCGGCCUCGUCUUCAUCCGGCUGCUGUGGACCGAUCCGUCUCUGCGCGGGCAGGGAAUCGGCGAUGCACUCAUGCGGAAAGCGGAAGACGCAGGGAUAGAGCGAGGCUGCGUGUCAAUGUUUGUGGACACGAUGAGCUUUCAGGCGCCAAGCUUUUACAGGCGGCUCGGCUACAAGGAGAUUUAUUCAAUCGAACGUUGCUGGGGCUUGGACAUACAGAGAAUUUAUUUCCAGAAAGAUCUGCAGAUUCAGGCAAAUAGUUACUGAGCAUGCAAAUGCUUAGCACUGGCCGAAUUGUUGCGAGUCCGAGUCGUUUCGAGGUGGAGACGCCGAUCACAUCAAUGCAUCCAACGCCCAAACAAAAAGGCGUCGAGCAUUCGACAUCCGGUGCAAUCACCUGCACAGUCCACCUGCACUGGUUGCUGACAUCAAUUGAAGAGAGCGCAGUGUCUAAAAGGAGAGAUGGCUUCACUUUCCGAUGCUGCCCAACCAUGCGAAGCCGCUGGCAUCGGGGUAAUCUCCGCCCAAAGCACUAGCCC